AUAGCGCCCUCAAGAGUUGAACAUUUUCGCAGAAAUAGUUGAUGUCUGUUGCCGGGCGGUUGCUACUCCUUUUUGGAAAAAAAAUGUCCGUUUUCAGACAUAACCAACAGUUGUCAAACUACCUUGCCUCACACAAGAGUGGCACUCAUACCGGAGGACAUAACACCAACAAUCGCAGUCUUGAACCACGCACCACAGAUCAGAUGAGAACACUUCAAUUACAUGACAGUAAGAGUCACGCUCAGCAGAGGCACCAGACUGAUGCAUCUCCAAGGAAGUCAUCAGCAGCGAGUGGAUCUUCUAAAUCCAGAGGGGUGAAUGCUGUGAAGGGAAGGAGUGCAAUUGGGUCAGGAAGGAGAAGAGCAAAUGUUGAUGAUCUACCUGAUGAAGUUCUGCUGAAGGUGUUUGGCUUCCUGCCAGCUGACAGCCUGGUGACCUGUGACUGUGUCUGCAAGCGGUGGCACCAGUUAGCCAAUGACGACUCACUAUGGGAGAGACUGUAUCGUUCCUAUGCUGCCAGCAAGAGUGAGCUGGCAGAACGUCGGCUCCAAUCUGCUAAAUCCUCUGACCCCAAGUCCAGCUGGAAAGCCAAAUGCAUUCACAAGUGUAUAGAAAGACGCAAUGCGAGGAUCAAGACGCUCCUUAGCAAGUCCAGUCCCUAUACCCACCUGCCAGCUAACACAGACAAAGCAAUACAAAAACUCGGCAUUGGCUGGGAGCUGGUUCUGAGAGACAACGACAAGGCUGACCACUCCUUCGCUCAGUCAGACGGUUACCACUUACCCACCUCCAGCACUGUCAGGUGGUACCACCUGCAGUUUCCACCAAUCAGGAGCCUGAGAUGCCUGUCAAUCAUCGCCAAGGCACCUGUGUUCUUCAAGAAGGAUGGCAGUGCAGCAGAUAACAGUCCAUGUCAAAGAUCUCUCCUUGCUCAACAUGACCUACACUUGGGUAAACUGUCCACCAAUCAUCAACCAGUUGCCCAUGAUGACCUCAUUGACCUCAGGGUCAUAGGUCAGAGUAUUCUUGUGGCCUCUUGGAAGGAUGGAGGAGAAUUGGCAUUUAUUUCAGCUAGCCUACACAACCAUGGCUUGGUACACAGAUGCACACAAGGAUCCCUUAACAGGCCCUAUAUAGUACCAUCUCACAAGCCCAAACCUGAUGACAUAGACCCACAAUACGGCCUACAUGAUUACACUUGUGUAGUAGAACUACGCAACCAGCGCAGUGUGUUGUGGGGACAACAGUUCAAAAAUGUCCACUGCGUCAAGCAACAAAAAGAGGAAGGAUUUGCCAGGUUAACGCCAGUCCAGCCAGAUGUCAUCAGCGAUCAUUCCUAUGCGUCGAAAAAGCUGCAGUUGCCAUGGAAAUCAGAUUUAUUCAAAGGCAUAGUGCAAGAUUUCUGUAUCCUUGAUGUGACUAUCCACGAUGAAUUCUUGAAGCCCUUCUGGUGCCUUAGUUGCCCAGUUAAGGUUGCGAAAGCAGUAGAUUCCAUAGUGAACUACAGCUAUGAUGGUGAAGCCUAUGUAAUAAGUCACAGUGGAGAGAAAGGCAGUGUCAAAAUCAACUUAAUUUGGGAUCACAGCAAGGAGCAGUACGCAGUCACUGGAGUCUUCCUGGAUAUUUCACUGGAAGCAAUCAAUGCCUGGUUCUCUACUAACUACUGACCAGUAGAAACCAAGAGAGUUGUUGUCUUAGUCAGUCACAAGUCAAAUCACAAAACAAUCACAAGUCAAACACAAUACAAAUCAAAAGUCAAAAGACAAGUCAAAUCACAAGUCAAUCACAAGUUAAUCACAAGUCAAUCCCCAGUCAA